AUGAAAAGUGAAAAUAAAGAAAACAUAGCACAUAACUUUAGUUGUUUAAAACGCUUAAGACUUAAGAAUUAAUUACUUGUACUCAUUAGUUUCUUAAUUAUCUUCAUUGUUACAUUUCUUGUAUGUACUAAUUAUAUUCACUCAACCUUUGUUCAAUUCUAUUUUACUCAAUCCUCUGAAGAAAUAUACACCAAAUUUUCUAGUGCUUUUAUCUAAACACAACUCUCUAAAUACCAGAGUUAUUUCACUUCUCUACUUAAUUCAAGUAAAUUUUUAUUUUGUAUAUAUAGAUGGCCAAACCCUAAUAUCAGUUUUCUAAUUAUACAAUUACCUUAAGAAAAAGAAUAAGGAUCAACCAUCUCCUCUAAACACAUAAUUUAAUAUGAAUUAUGGUGGUAAUAAUUUCGAUAUUCCUAAACCUAUAAUAUCGUCAAACAAAAUAUCUAAUUACAACUCAACUAUUUCAUUUAUUUGUUACACAAAUAAAACAAUGUUACAUGAUCCCUUCACAGAAUAAGAAAUUCUUAAUAUUAAGACUCAAGAGUAAUUAUAAGCAUUCGGACCAAUCAUUCACAAAGGCAAUACAACAUUUUAAUCAUUACUCUCAGCAUAUGUCAAAAGAGAUAAUAUCUUAAUGACAUAUCCUUGUUUGUAAAGAUAUGAUAUCGAUAAAUACAUUCCAGAAGAUAGGGGUUGGUAUAAGGAACUGACUAGAAACUUUAAUAGUCAGGUUCCAUAUGAUCAAUAUAAUUAUUCAUUGACAACCCCAUAUUUAUGUAUUGAUUAUUUCUUCAAUUAGUAUUUAGAUCAAUCAAUAUUGGAUUAGCUAUGACUAUGCCAUUUGUUAAUGAAAAUUUAGAAUUAAUAGGAGGAGCUGCCUUUGAUUUGAUUCCUGCCAGACUAAUUGCUAAUCUAAUUUAACAAUUUGGCUAAGAUUUCACAUCUAUAUAUUUAGUUUCCUUAGAUGGAAUUUUAAUUAUGCAUCCUUACAAAAUUACAUCUGACUAAUUACCUUUAUAUUUCUACAAUACUACUAUUACUGGAUUUACUGAAGAAGAUUGGCAAAGUUUAAAUAGUGUUACAAUUAGUUCUAAAUGCAAAAACCAAACUAAUUAAAAAGAAUUAAAUUGCCUAUUUAAUUCCUUUUAUAAUUAAGAUAUGUUUGUGAGUAUGUAAACUAUUAGUUCUUUCAACAUUUCAAUUGUUGUGUAAAAUUUCUUAUUAUUAAUCAAAGCUUAAUAAGUAGUUCUGAAUUUAACAAAUUUUAAGAAGAUUAUAAUAAUGAUUUAUUGUAAAAGUUGAUAACACAAUUCUACAUAGCUAUUGUUCAAUUAAUUAGUGUAUUUCUAUUCUUGUGUCUUAUAAUCUAUUUUACCACGAAUUAAUUGUUUCGUCCUAUUGAGACAAUAAUGGAAUAUACAAUUAGUAAGAUCUAAAAAAGAAGGUAGUAGUACUGUAUAUUUUAGAUGUUAACCAAAGAUGAUAUCAGUUCUACUAUAAUAAUUCUUAAGUGUUUAAAUUACAGAAUUAUAUUAAUCAUGCUAUAAUUUUUAUAAAUUAUUAGAAAGAUUGUCUUUUAAUAAAUCUAAAUAAUGUGAAUAAAUUGAAAAUUUAUAAUACCCUACAUUAAAAGAGAUAUAUUAAUUGGGUAAACAUAUUAACUUUUAAUAAAUUAAGUAUUUUUUGCAAUUAUAUAUAUAUUUAGAUGUUAUUCUAAGAAAAAAUGUGAGUAAAAUUUGGAGCAUUAUUUAUUGAUUAAAAACAUAGUUAGAUUAGGUCUUAAAAAUGAUAAAAAAUUGUGA